AUGAGCUCAAGAAUUGGGCCUCAAAGGUCUACAAAAACUGCCGCAAAACUUAGAUUAUUACCUUCAACAGAAGAAUUCGCUGACUUUAGACGGCAGGACACCGGUCGUGAAGUAUACUCACAACUUCCCCAUAUUGAAGGAUCUACGGCUAGAAAAGAUGCAGAAUACCUAGGAAAACGACACCGUGAGCAUUUGCCUCGUGUCACUGCCUAUUGCACAUGCGAUACUUUCCGGGUAGACUUGCUUUUCAAGUUUUUCCAAUCUCGUCGGAGUAGCCAUAAAACAAGACCUAAACAGUUUGAUGAAUGCAUUUACAGCACAUACAGUUAUGGUAGCGAGGAAACUGUAGACCUACUUGGAGACGAAAUUGAGCCGGAUCGGAAAUCUUUAAACGGUGGAUCCACUGCAACCCAUGAUACCAUCCAUAAUGACAUUUUUGAAACAGGGUUAGACAGAAAUCAACCUUUGUUUCGAGAAGUGUUUUGCUUUAGCUACGGAGUGGUUGUAUUAUGGGGUUAUACUAUUGAAGAAGAACACCGGUUUUUGCGAGAAUUGAGUCGUUUUGAAAUUGAAAAACUAAAAAUGGAUGAUAUAGAAGUUGAAGAGUUUAAUUAUUAUGUUACUAAUCUUUAUCAACCAAGAAUUUUUAAUGACUUUAUCGCUCUGAGAGAUGCCUCUAAUUAUAUGAUUCGUUUGUCUAUAUCUCAUGCAAUUGCACAAUCCGUCAAAAUUUCUCUUUUCGAGGAGCUCGUCAACGAAACGAUAGAUGCUACCAAGGAUACGCCACAGAUGAUUGCCGAGUCUGGUAGAAUCAAAUUAAAACGGGAAGAGAUUAUGAUGGCUGUUGGCCAGUUAUUUAUUUUACGAAUUAAUAUAAAUUUACAGGGAAGCGUUUUGGAUAGUCCUGAGUUGAUGUGGACAGAACCGCAGCUUGAGCCUAUUUACACAGCAGCGAGGUCGUAUUUGGAAAUCAAUCAGCGUGUUGCUUUGCUAAACCAGCGUGUCGAAGUAAUUGGUGAUCUGUUGUCUAUGCUUAAAGAGCAAAUCACGCAUACUCACGAUGAAUCCUUAGAAUGGAUUGUUGUAAUUCUUAUGGCUUUACUUGUUCUCAUUGCCAUCUUUAGCAUUUUGGUUGAUUUGAGGUUUUUCAAGUAG